AUGAUCAACCAUGAGGUUUCCUUUCCUGCCCGUUUCUUUGUCGUCGUUGUUUUCGUUGCCUUUCUUGGGUUGGUUUCUGUUGCCCCGAUUGAAGGUCGAGUAAAGAAAUACCAAUUUAACAUUCAAAUGAAAAAUGUGAGCAGACUGUGUCAUACAAAGUCAAUUGUGACUGUCAAUGGGAAGUUUCCAGGGCCAACACUUCGUGUUAGAGAAGGACAGAGGGUUAUCAUCAAUGUUACAAACUAUGCAAACUAUAACAUGUCUAUUCAUUGGCAUGGGAUAAAGCAAUUUCGAAACGGGUGGGCUGAUGGACCGGCUUACAUAACACAAUGCCCGAUCCAAACCGGGAAUAGCUAUGUGUAUGAUUUCAAUGUAACGGGUCAAAGAGGAACCUUAUGGUGGCAUGCUCAUAUUCUUUGGCUUAGAGCAACUGUUUAUGGUGCUAUUGUCAUUUUGCCUAAGAAAGGAACCCCUUUUCCUUUCCCACGCCCUGAUAAGGACCAAGUUGUUAUGUUAGGGGAAUGGUGGAAUAAGGAUGUUGAAGAAAUUGAAAACCAAGGGAACAAAAUAGGUUUGGCUCCAAACACGUCUGAUGCACAUACAAUCAACGGCAAACCAGGCCCACUCUUCCCGUGUUUUCAUAAACAUACAUUUGCGAUGGAGGUGGAGCAGGGGAAGACAUAUCUCCUUAGAAUAAUCAACGCUGCCCUAAACUCCGAGCUUUUCUUCGGCGUCGCCGGCCACAACAUGACUGUAGUGGAGAUCGAUGCGGUCUACACAAAACCCUUUACCACCUCCACUAUACUAAUCUCCUCCGGCCAAACCACCACCGUUCUGGUUAAAGCAAACCAAGCUCCGGGCAAAUACUUCAUGGCCGCCAGCCCAUUAAUCGACAUCCCGUUUGUCAUUGACAACAAAACAACAACCGCCAUAUUCCAAUACAAAGGCGUUUCCGUUUACGAUAAUAACGUUAUUCCAUCUCUCCCUAAUCUUCCUUCUCUAAACGACAGCUCAUUUUCCCUGACAUAUAAUCGUAAACUCAAGAGCCUCAAUUCUAAACACUUUCCGGCCAAUGUUCCCCUGAAAGUUGACCGUAGGUUGUUUUAUACAAUUGGGUUUGGGUUGAACCCAUGUCGGACCUGCACUAAUGGGACCCGUCUAGUGGCUUCUUUGAAUAACAUAACGUUUGAGAUGCCACAGGUCGGGUUGCUUCAGGCCCACUAUUUCAACCAAACCGGUGUUUUCACAACGGAUUUUCCGGACAGACCGCCUCAGGCUUUCAACUAUACAGGUGUUCCUUUGACCGGGAAUUUGCGGACUGUUGAGGCAACUAGGUUAACUAAGAUUCGGUUCAAUUCGACGGUUGAGUUGGUAUUGCAGGACACGAAUAUGAUCAUUGCUGAAACGCACCCGUUUCAUCUUCACGGGUACAAUUUCUUUGUAAUGGGUAGUGGGAUUGGUAACUUUGACCCAAGGAAGGAUCCGAGAAGGUAUAAUGUGGUGGAUCCGCCUGAGAGGAAUACGGUGGGAGUUCCAAAUGGCGGGUGGACGGUUAUCCGGUUCAGGGCGGAUAACCCGGGAGUGUGGUUUAUGCAUUGUCAUUUGGAGCUUCAUACCGGUUGGGGACUGAAAACGGCUUUUUUGGUUGAAGACGGCGGUCCGAACUGGUCUGUUUUGCCUCCGCCCAAGGAUCUCCCUUCAUGCUAA